AUGAGAGGAUACGGAGAUCUGAGACGCCGUCUGAUCGCACUGUUGGUUGGGCACCUGGGGAUGUCGUCGCUCGCGGUCCCGUCUCUCGCGGUCCCGGGCGCGGUCCCGCGCGGGUCUCGCACCCGCCGCUCUUCCAGCGUACCGGCCCCGCGUCUCGCGACCGACAAGCGCGGCGCGAGCGUCCUUCCGUCCGCAUCCGCGGACGAUGACGGAAGUUCGUCCGCCGUGAGCGCCACCGCGACGGCGAAGAAGAAGGACAGGUUCAUCACCGGCCGGCCCGACGAGCAGUUCAGCUCCGAGGCGGCCGAGGAGAGGCAGGAGCUCUUCAACGACAUCGCGCCGGUGUACGACCAGCUCAACGACCUCCUAUCCCUCGGCCUUCAUCGCGUGUGGAAGCGCGCGGCGGUGAAAUGGACCGGCGUGGGCCCCGGCGACGCCGCCAUCGACGUGUGCUGCGGCAGCGGGGACAUCGCCGUCAGGCUCGCCGACGCGGUGGGCCCCGCCGGGCGCGUCGUGGGCCUCGACUUUGCCCGCGCGCAGCUCGAGGUGGCCGCCGGGAAGGAGUCGCAACAUCCGAGCUUUAAAACCAAGCUCGCGCCCAUCGAGUGGGUUCAGGGCGACGCGCUGGCGCUGCCCUACGGCGACGGCGAGUUUGACGGCGCGACGAUUGGGUACGGGUUGCGAAACGUGUCGGACAUUCCCCUCGCCCUUCGCGAGCUGGCGCGGGUGCUGAAGCCGGGGGGCAAGGCUGCCGUCGUGGACUUUAACAACGCGACGGAUCCGAACCUGCGGGCGCUGCAGGGGUUCGUGCUGGACAACGUGGUGGUUCCGGUGGCGGAUCUCAACGGCGUCGCGGCGGAGUAUCGAUACCUGAAGCCGUCCAUAGAGCGGUACCCGCAGGGCCCGGAUUUGGUGGACCUGGCGGUGGAGGCGGGGUUUGCCGACGCGACGUUCUACGAGCUCGCGCCAGGGAACCUGAUGGGCUGCCUGGUGUGCACCAAGUAA